CAACGCUUAUCGAAUGUUUUGCCGCCUUGCCGUUACCGGAAAAUUUUUAGAAAUUUCAUAAAUCAAACAAAAAACUAUUCGUUAUUUCUAUAAUAACCCUAUAAAUACGUAAUUUAGUUCAUUUGCGGUUUCAUGUGCUUUCCAAAUCAUCCCCAACAAUGGAUGAAAGUGAUAUUUCUUUAGGUUAUAAGAACAUUUCGCGGUUAUCAAAACACCCUGGGAGAAAGUCCAGCUUAUUCUAUACACCUAAAAAGAGCCGAAGUGUUUCUGGCCGGUCCACUCAAUCUACUCAGAUAAUCUUCAAAACACCUUAUCACUAUGUCGAAAGUUACGGAUCUCCGGUUCCCGUACAAAUCACCGAAGCAUUAGCUUUCGCAGACAGAAGUACAAUCUGCAGUGCUUCGAUAUCUCAUGAUGGCUGGGCUUGGUUUGUUAUCGGUAGACGUUUAUUAAUAUGGCAAGCAGUUGGUAGUAAACAUGUGUUCGGUUCAAUGUGUAAAGAAUUAACUCUGCCACCGUCGGAUUUAGCGUAUUCCUCGAACCUGAUAUGUGUUUAUAGCUCACAUGGGAAUCAGACGAUUUCUUGUAUCGUGGUGUCGCCUGAAGGAUUAAUUCGCUACUGGCCGAGUAUCAGUAACGAAGGAAUAUCCAUCGAGUUCAAUGCUAAUCUACAGGGUCAAGAAUGUGAAACAAUCAAACGUCUUCCCAAUAUCGGAUUCAUUGUGGCUACAACAACGGCCACUAUUCUGCUCGUAGAAACGAAUAAUAUCGGUGGUAGACAUUCGAUCACAUGUAGACCUCUUUCUACCCCCACUGGUUGGUUGGGUGGUAUUGGGCGACGAUUUUCGUCCAUUUUAUUCGGUGGCAUGCACAUGAUGCAGAAUAACGAUAAUAAAUUGGUCCGAAUUGUGGUGAAUGAAACAUCUACACCUGUCGUGUCAUCUUCAUCUAGCGAAUUCCAUCUUUUUGUGUUGGCAAGUCAUACGUUACAAAAAUGGUCGUUGGUUGUUGGCGAACAGGAAAGACUCGUGUAUGAAAGUAAAUUGGAUUCAUUCGUGGUGGAUAAUUUUAUCCAGAAUAUUUGGAAUGCUUCCGAUGACAACGAAGUUGAAUUAUGUUUUUUGGAUAUGCAAGUUCUUGAUUCUCACAGUGAAAGUAUCAUUAUCUUAGCUGUAGCUUCAAAUCGAGCUGUUUCUUCCAGAUUACAUUAUGCUUUAGUUACUAUUGACGUGAGUGCACCAUCGGCUCCUAAUCAAGCAACGUCGUUCCAUUUAAUAAAAAAUAUCGAUUUACCGCUGUUUCAAUCGGAUCACAGUUUGAAAAAAAUCUAUCUGUUGACUAGUGGUCAAACUGUUUACAUGUAUAAUCAUCUGCAUAUUGUUUCUUCAUCAGCUGUUUCUGGAUGCGAUGAAGUUGAUAAAAUCGAUAUACCGGAAGCUAACAUUCUCGGAGGUGUCUCUAUAAAUCGCAUACCAGUAUUUUUCUCACGUAAUCACGGUUUUAUCGCGGUUACCAUGUCGGAUCUGAUAACACCGUUUGAUUUGGCCAACAGUUCUUCUGCUAGCUUUGAUCCAUCUAUUCUAUCCGAUUCACAAUUUCAAGAAUCCGAUGUCGCGGAUAUUACACUCAACAAAGAUACCAACGCUUGCCUAAAAGCGGCCUUUUUGUAUUAUGUUAGCAAAAAAUCGAAUCAGGCUAAGGCAAUGAUAAAAGAAAUUUUUCCGGUAGAAGAAACAUCUCCUCAGGUUGAUUCGGCUCUGGACUUAGUAGCUAUUAAAGUUAGUCUUGACUUGAUCGAUGACGUUCCUGCCAAAGAUCCUCGAUGGGCUGAUAUUAAAUCUUCAGAGAAAAUUAAUCUAAACAGCACUUUGUCGUUACAAAUUCAAAGUCAACUGGAAGAAAAACAACAAGCUCUGGAUUGGUUUAUAUCGUUCAUGCGAGAGAUGGGAUUAUGGGGACGAUUGGGAGCGGUUACAUGGAAUAACGUUGUAAUGGCUACUACUUACAUAUUUGCCGAACAAGCCGAGAAAUUAAUAGCUGCUCUUGUACUGAGAAAAUUACAAAAUAAAUAUCCGCAGAUUUUGGAAGCUGUGAUUAAGGAAGUAGUCAAACAGAAUGAUAUGACUCCUGUUGGUGGAUUAACAAUUUACGAUUUAUUUUAUAGAAAAGUUAGCAUUGUCCACAAAGCAUUAAUCCAACUGUGUAAUUACUGCGAAGAAUUCGUCUGUGCAGAUCACAGCCUACAAAGCGUUGGUAAAACGAUCAGCAACACGAAUACAAUUUUACUGAAAGUUCUCGAAGAAAUAUCUCAAUUUAGACAAGAAAAAGGCAUAGUUUUCGUGCCGGAUGCUUCGAUUAUGUCGAAUUUCAGCACAGAAAUGCUUUCAUGGACUGCUGCACCUGGUUUGAAUGGACUAAAAGACGCUUUAUUGUUACAAUCGGAUCUCACGAUGAAAUACGGAGUGAAACUUGCUUCAGCGUUGACUCAACGUCAAGAAUUACUCAAUCAGCUCGUCUCUAUUGAUAGCAUUAUUCUGGAAGGAUGGAAAAUUCACGUAGAAAGCGUUUCCAAUCGUAAAGUCCGCCACGAGUUUUUAUUAAAUCAAUACGAAAAUGAAAGAUUGAAUUUGAUACAAGCUUUAUACGACGUAGGUGAAUUCGAACCAGCUGCGUCGUUAGCUGAAAAAUAUUUAGAUUUUACUGUAUUGGUGAAAAUUUGCGAUAAAACUGACGAUGAAGACAGACUGAUGUUUUAUAUGGAUAAAUACGAGAAAAAGGAUUUCGCUCAGUUUCUAUUCACUUGGUAUAUUCGCGAGAAAAAACAAGGCAAAUUAUUAAGCCAGUUUCGUUCGAAUAAAAAACAUCAACAAGCCUUGAGCAGAUUUUUAGCCGAUCAUCUCAGUUUAGCUUGGUUACACGCUGUGUUCGUUAAUAAAUUCGAAGAAGCUGCCGAUGUUUUGUUAAAUUUAGCAUUCCGAGAAAUUGAACUAUUGAAACGUAAAAAGAGUAUGCUUACACUGGGUAAAUUAGCUUUGUUAGCGUCUUCCAAUAACGAUGCCAAUAUUAUGGAAAAAGUUAAUAAAGAAUUGGCGUUGAUCGGCUAUCAAGAAGAAUUGCCCGAAGUAGUGUUAUCGGCUUUCGGUUAUGAUUUUGAUACGAUGAGAGUAUUUUUACCCGCUGAAUUGAUUAGGUUUUACGUUUGCGACGAGAAUACAUCGGCUACCGAACUCGAUUUCAUCAAAGGCUUAGAUUUACUUCAUUUCGUGGAUGAUGAAAUUGAAAAAAAAGAUUUAAGGCACGAGUUAUGGUGUAAAGCGAUCUUGAGAGAUACCUGGCCCGAAGAAGAAAUCGAUACAAAUGAUCCAAUCGAAUAUAUUCACAAUUUCUUAUUCUUCAAGAUUGUGAGUUUCAGCUUGGGAAAAGAUACUCGAGUUUUGGAUUUUCUGCCUGAAGAACUGGAGAAAAUCAUCGAAUCCGAAGAUCUAGGAGAAUUGAGGCAUAAUAAAACGUUUCAAUACUUGAUGAAAAUUGGAUACGAAUAUUAUUCCGCGCGUCAAAACAUGUCCUAAACCAUGAUUUUUCUUGUCUCCACUUACGCUGAAUAUUUAUGAUUUGUAAACUCUUUUUUGUAUCAUUUGUGUGUGUGUUUUUUUUAUAGAGAACAAUAAAUUUACGAGAUUUUUUUGUUUUA